AUGGAUACCUCCCUCGUCGUACUCAGCAUCACCGCCGUCAGCGAUGAAGCCGCUACCGCGUUGAAAGACCCUCGCAAUGCUGAAUUCCUCGUGCCGAGGGGCGACAUUCCCGAGUCUCCGAGCCUGGACUCUCGUCGCCGCGACGGCACGCCGUUCAUUGAUAGCCCCUCAUUCAUAACUGCACUGCGAAUAGACCACUACCCUUUCGAUCCAGCGCUUGGGUGGGUCUUCGGGAGAGAAGGCGAAAACGUCGACUUCGUGCUGGGAGGCUUGGAGCAGGGCGUCAGCCAAAAGCACUUCCGGAUCGACCGUAACUGGAAGGCCAUGGUCCUGGUACUAACGAACCUGUCCGGCAAUUCGACUAGGUGGAUCGACCCAGAGACCGGCGAGGUCGAAAGCCUCACGGGAUCCCGGGCUAUCGUUGGGCGUCGACAGUAUGAAAUCGCUGCGGGCACCGUGUGGUUGACGCUCCAAAUACCCCUGCGUACUCAAGAGCAGCAGGCUCGGUACAAUGUCCUCGCUGAGCAGCUCCGUGUAGAGAUCGUGCAGGCGGCUCCCACAAUGCUAGGGCUCAAGGUUGCCCGCCUCGACGAGGAUCCUACAUCACUCGUCGCCAGGCGGUUUGUCCUAGGACGUGUGGUUGGCACAGGCAUGACGGCGGCGGUCCAUGAGCCCGUCGACCGAGAAACCGGCGACCGCUUCGCUGGAAAAGUAUACAAACUCGGGACGAAAAGCGCGUGGAAGUCGAUGCUGAGGGAGAUCAAGCUUCUACAGAAAUUGAAACACAAACACAUUAUUGAUUAUGUCGCCUUCAACGGAACCCCCGACCCUAUCCUGAUCAUGGAAAUCGCCCUCAAGAGCCUAGAAAAAUGUACUAUCGCCUCCACCAGCGAGUGCGUGGACCUCCUGCGACAGGUGCUGUCGGGCCUCGCGUUCCUGUACGACAGGAACGCGCGGAAUGGAAGCUGGGCGACUUUGGCCUAUCCAAAGCUGACCGACAUUACGGGAAUUACGGGAACGUUCUGCGGGUCGCCACUGUACCUGGCGCCCGAGGUAGACGGGUUGGUGGGCAGCGUGUACACCAACGCCGUGGACGUGUGGUCUGCAGGUGUAGUAGGAGUACAGUACAGCUGCGGGUUUGGCGGGCGCGACCUGAAGAAGAUGAGUGACCACAAAGCGUGGGUGAACGCAGUGGCUUGGCGAGCAAAAAGCAAGGCGAGCGUGCUCGCGGUAUAUCUCACCCCGAUGCUGGACGUGAUGCCGACAGGUCGUCCUACAGCAAGGGGCAUCCUGGAGGGACUACAGGGUUGGAGAGACUCUGAGGCGUCCGGGUUAAGGGAAGGUGAUCAAGCCCGUUCUAAGGGAAGGGAAAGGAGAAAGAGGAGAAUGCAGCAGAGUCUCUCGAAGACGAUUGCGAAAAUAGUAGAGAAGCCUCCACGAUUCGUGCUGCUGGAGACGGGCACAGAGAGAAGAACAGAGAAAUGCUUUCAGUGA